AUGAAGGCCAUCAAGAUCAUCGCCAGAGGCAAGGCCGAAAUCCAGGACGCGCCUAUCCCUGCGCUUCGGGACGACUACGUGCUCGUCAAGGUCAAGGCCGUUGCCCUGAAUCCCACCGACUGGAAGCACAUUGACUUUGGCGGUCUGGCGGGCGCGACCUCGGGCUGCGACUUCGCCGGCGUGGUCGAGGAGAUUGGGUCCAAGGUGACCAAAGCGUGGAAGAAGGGGGACCGCAUUGCGGGCUUCGCGCACGGCGGCAACGCGUUGCAGCUCGAGGACGGCGGCUUUGCCGAGUACCUCGUGGCCAAGGGCGACCUGUGGCUCAAGAUCCCCGACGGCGUUUCCGACGAAGACGCCAGCACGCUGGGCAUCGGCAUCACCACCGUCGGCCAGGCCCUCUACCAGUCGCUGAAGCUUCCGCUGCCAGGCGCGAGCACCAAAGCCGGCGUGCCGCUGCUGAUCUACGGCGCGAGCACCGCGACGGGCACGCUCGCCGUGCAGUUCGCGCGGCUGUCCGGCUGCUCGAGCAUCAUCGCAACAUGCUCGCCAUCCAAUUUCGAGCUGGUCAAGUCCCUCGGCGCCGACGCCGUGUUCGACUACAAGGACCCUGAGUGCGCGGCCAAGAUCCGCGCGCACACGGCGGGCGCGCCCCUGGGCCUCGCGCUGGACUGCAUCGGCGACCAGGCGAGCACGGAUGUGUGCGCGGCGGCGCUGGGCCCCGCCGGCGGCGUCAUCAGCAGCCUGUCGGCGCAGGGCAAGUCGCCGCGCCAAGAUGUCACGGUGCAGUUCACCCUCGGGUACAUGAUCAUUGGCGAGCGGUUGAAGCUCGGGCCUACCAUGGACAUCCCGGGCAACCCCGACGAGUUCGAGUUUGGCAAGGCCUUCUGGCCGCUGGCCGAGGCGCUGCUGGCCGAGGGCCGCAUUCGUGUGCACCCGGUGCAGGUUGGCGAGGGUGGGCUGGAGGGCGUGUUUGAGGGCCUGCAGGCUAUGCGCGAGGGGAAGGUUAGCGGGAAGAAGCUCGUGUAUCGGAUUGACUGA